UGUUCCACAUACAAUAUAGAAUAUAAGGUUACAUUAGUGAGAUGAUUAGCCUAAACUUAAACUGAGCAACACUUUUCUCUUCUUCUCCGGUUUAUUACGUCAUGGAAGACGCGCUUGACGCAGGACAAUCGUUUUGUUGUCAUGGUGGUUUUGAUUGUCUGGCGGCUGUAGUGGUUUUAGCAAAAGGCCUCCGCGGCCACACAAACUUCAGACGACGUGCUUGCUUGCAGUGCACACUGUCUCCGUGCUGGAGAAAAUGACAGAGAUGGCGGAGCACAGCGGGUGCAAAACCAUCUACAUGUCCCCAGAGCUGAAGCAGGCAAAUGACAGUCAGUGCAGAGGAAGCCGAGACAUCCACAUUCCAGAAGUGAAGCCACACUCAUCCCAUCGACUCAAUUAUGUGCAGGCUCACGACAGAGGUCUUCGUCGCUCCUUCGGUUCAACGGACCUUCUCCACAAUGCCCAUCCCCACUCUCACAUUGAACUCGCCUGCGACUCCGCCGACAGCCAGGAGGGAGCAGUGCCGUUACACGCAGAUUGGAGUGGGGAACAUUGCAAGGUGAAGAAGCCUCAGAGCGCCUCAGACAUCACCCCGGUGCCUUUGGACAACACGGUACGGCCUGUUGCAGGGGAGGGUAAAGGCUGUGACAAGAAGGUCAAAACAGGGGCCGGGUCGUCAAAGGAUGAGGAAGAGGAGGAGAAGUGGGUGGAUGCCUCUGAGAUUGGGGUGGGUCCAGCGGGAGGCCGUGAGGAAGAGGAGGACGAGGAAGCUGCUCCCCUGCCCGUCAUUGGUCAGGCUGGGAAGAAACACCAAGGAGUGACCAGCUCUGAGGAUACCACAUACCUACAGGAUUUCCACAGUCUGCCAAAGAGUCUGGUGCCCUCUGAGAUCACUCACUGCUUGCACAUGCUGGAGGAGGAAUGCAGGGGAGUGGAGAAGGAGAGCGAGAGUGUGAAAUGGAAGAUGGAAUUUGUCCACAGCAGCAUGCAGUGUGUGCAGGAGACCUUGCGGACUCUCCUCAUAAGAUUGGUCGAGGCGCAGAGCAACGACCGCCUGUCACGUGACGCUACGUCCAACUUGCUCCCGCCUCCGCCACCACCACCACCACCCAUCCACCCGCCCCACCCGUCGUCCAACACGGGCGAGGUGAGCAGCGCCGACCCCUGCCACGCCGGGCAUCACUCCGCCGCCCACGCUCCUCCUCCUCCCCACCACCACCUCCACCACCUCCAUCACCUGCACCACCUCCACCACCUCCUCCCCCUGCAGUGCAAAGCUCCACACCCGGUGCCCAGCAAGACGUGCCUGAUGGACGCCCUCAACCCGGGCCACUGCUGCCAGGGAGCCCUGUCCACGGACAUGCCAAGCUGUGCCCAGAGAGCCAAGGAGCGGGCCGCCACCUUCAGCGCCAUCACGGAGCUCAGGGCGGAUGUGGAGCGCCUCCGUGUGGCACACCUGGAGGAGCGCAAGGAGCAGAAGGAGGCGCUGCGCGUGCUCAAGAACUUCCAGCGGCAGGUGGAGGACCUGAUCUCAGCCGAGCGCGCCCACCAGGAGGGCAGCAGCGAGCCCUUCGGUGACCAGCUGCUGCAGCUCAAGCAGGAAGUCCAGGACGUGGCCAAUAUGACACGCCAAGCGAUGGCAGUGCUAAAGAAACUGGGUGUACAGCUAGAUAACAUGGACACCAAGUCAGAGCGCUCUAAUAAGUGACAAUCCUGAGAGUCAGCGAUGACAUCAGAGCUCAAAAUCCACCUGUUGAGGAUGUACUUGUAAUAAACGUCUUUGUCUGCAAACAGC